AUGGUAAGAGAUCCUGAAAGCACGAUACUAUUGCAGGUCAUUAUGAAAGACAAGGAUCCUGACUUGGCAGCCUUCAUGUCUUCUUCUCCACUCCAGCAACCACCAGUCAUCAUACCACCCAGCACACAAACAGGCACCCUUCCAGACACCACAGCAGCAGCAGUCCAACCAAAAUUCUCGGCGUUUUUGCUUCUCCAGCUUUCGUUUCAGAGUCUUGGUGUUGUUUAUGGAGAUUUGGGAACUUCUCCUCUAUAUGUUUUCUAUAAUACAUUUCCUAGAGGGAUCAAAGACCCUGAAGAUAUCAUUGGAGCUUUAUCGCUAAUCAUAUAUUCCCUCACACUCAUCCCUCUCCUCAAAUAUGUUUUCGUUGUAUGCAAAGCAAACGAUAAUGGUCAAGGUGGAACAUUUGCUCUCUAUUCUUUGCUCUGUAGACAUGCAAAAGUUAGCACAAUUCCGAACCAACACCGUACUGAUGAAGAGCUUACUACUUAUAGUCGUACUACAUUUCAUGAGCAUUCUUUUGCUGCAAAAACCAAGAGAUGGUUGGAGAAAGGUAUCUCUAGGAAAAAUGCGCUACUUAUUCUCGUUCUUGUUGGUACGUGCAUGGUGAUUGGCGAUGGAAUCCUUACUCCUGCCAUAUCUGUUCUAUCCGCUGCGGGUGGGCUCAGGGUAAACCUUCCUCACAUAAACAACGGUAUUGUUGUUGUUGUUGCGGUUGUGAUAUUAGUGAGCUUGUUUAGUGUACAACAUUAUGGAACAGACAGAGUCGGGUGGCUUUUCGCACCCAUUGUAUUUCUCUGGUUUCUCUUUAUUGCAAGUAUCGGUAUGUUCAAUAUAUGGAAACAUGACCCAAGCGUUUUGAAAGCUUUUUCCCCGGUUUAUAUAUAUCGAUAUUUUAAAAGAGGAGGCCAAGAUCGCUGGACCUCGCUUGGAGGCAUUAUGCUUAGUAUCACAGGGAUUGAAGCUCUCUUUGCGGAUCUAUCUCAUUUUCCAGUCUCAGCUGUGCAAUUCGCUUUUACUGUAAUUGUCUUUCCUUGCCUCCUUUUGGCGUAUAGCGGACAAGCUGCAUACCUUAGAAAGUACCCGCACCAUGUGGAAGACGCGUUUUAUCAAUCCAUUCCAAGUUUGUCAUAUCUGUUAUCAAUUUUCAUUCUGAUCAUGAUACUUGUUUGGCGAUGCCGUUGGGUUCUAGUCCUCUUAUUUACUGUUCUAUCCCUUGUUGUGGAAUGCACUUACUUCUCGGCGGUGCUCUUCAAGGUAAACCAAGGUGGAUGGGUACCGCUGGUUAUCGCGGCGGCGUUUCUCGUCAUCAUGUACGUCUGGCACUAUGGAACCCUCAAGAGGUAUGAGUUUGAAAUGCAUAGUAAAGUCUCCAUGGCUUGGAUUCUCGGGCUCGGUCCUAGCCUUGGUCUUGUCCGUGUACCUGGGAUUGGCCUUGUUUACACCGAGCUAGCUAGCGGAGUCCCUCACAUUUUCUCUCAUUUCAUCACAAACCUGCCGGCAACUCACUCUGUCGUGAUCUUUGUCUGCGUCAAGAACCUUCCCGUCUACACCGUCCCCCAGGAAGAACGGUUCCUUGUAAAAAGGAUCGGACCCAAAAACUUCCACAUGUUCCGCUGCGUCGCGAGGUACGGAUACAGAGACUUGCACAAGAAAGACGACGACUUUGAGAAACGGCUCUUUGAAAGCCUCUUCCUUUUCCUCCGCCUCGAAUCAAUGAUGGAAGGCUGCUCGGAUUCCGAUGAUUACAGCGUCUGCGGAAGCCAACAACGACAGUCCAGAGAUGGGGUCACCGGGAAUGGGAACGAGAAUCGGAACUUGUCGACAUUUGAUACAUUUGAUUCUAUAGAGUCAGUUAUAGCUCCCACUGUAACAAAACGGACAAGCCACACAGUGACGGGGUCUAGCCAGAUGAGCGGAGGAGGGGACGAGGUGGAGUUCAUAAACGGGUGCAGAGACGCAGGAGUGGUGCACAUAAUGGGGAACACGGUAGUUCGAGCCAGGAGAGAAGCAAGAUUCUACAAGAGGAUAGCCAUUGAUUAUGUUUAUGCGUUUCUUAGGAAGAUUUGUAGAGAAAACAGUGCCAUUUUCAAUGUUCCUCAGGAGAGCCUUUUAAAUGUUGGCCAGAUUUUCUAUGUGUAAUCAUGUAAAAAAUGUUAGGCAUGAUUGAUUUGAUUAUAUCUUGUUUAAAGAAAAUAAUUAUGGUUAAUGACCAUAUGAUAUAAUACAAA